ACACGGCGCCGGAGACCCUGUCGCGCAUGGCUAGGUCCGCCUUGUGACCGUCCACCGGACUGUAGAUAGUGGUCUCUUUUGUGACAAUGAGCCCCGCGUCCCGCGCCAUACGGAUGCACUCGUCGCGGAGUGCGUUGUGCGUGUCUGUCCGGCCAUGGCCCGUGCCGCACCGGAAGAGGUGGUUGGGCAGCCGGGGGUCAAGUAUCUCGGUCUCGUCGGCGCAGUUGCAAUUGCGUGGGGCUGGGAAAGGGAGGCCGAGGCGGAAGGCGAGGGCGAUGGCAAAGUGCGGAGGAGUGGUGGGCUGGCGAACCCGUCAUCGAGGUACAGGAGCGACGGGGUGCCGUACGAAAAACGGAUAAAUGGAAGCAGCGAUCGAAGGGGCGAGCCGUCAAUGGCGGUGAUGAUCGCCCCUCGCUCGACGCUGUUAAACGCGUUUGUGAGGUCCACUUGGACAAUCACGGAGCGGGGACGUACGGAGGUGAAAGCCCGGGUGGCAUGGAUAAUUGCCUCUCCGCCGCUCCGAAUUGCAACGCCGAACUGAAGUGGCAGAAAAUAAUCUUGUGCGGGCUGGGUUGACGACAUGAGGGCGGAUUUGGCAGUAAGGCGGUGGAGACAUUCCCCUAUGGCGAUGGGGCGUGUCCCGCCAUCAGGUUUGCGAAGGGCUAACAGGCGGGACGCAGUUAACAACUCGCUGACCUCCUGGGGCAGUCGUGGGAGAAAAAGUAACAAACGCCACCCCCCGAUUGAAGUUGGAUUUUUCGUGAGGAAAAGGAGGGGCGUCAGCAGGGCCAGCGCGAACAGCUGGCGAAUAGAGGGGGGCAGUCGCCUUGAAAGAGGGGGCUGGCGACUAUCGCACAGCACCGCGAUGUCCCAACUGGCCAGUUGAGCAAAUCGUGACGGAUCGUGGGCCAGUUCUUCCGGGGAUAGUUGCCUGGCUGCCUGGGAGGGACUGUCCAGCGGGCGGGCAGAUUGUGAUCCCAUAUG